AUGACAAUCUGCACAGCUCUAGAUGGGCCAAGUUGCAAGGAGCACUUCUACUACAUCUUUGCAGUAGCUGUAGUUGGCUUCUUCUCAUGUAUUUGCUGUAUGAUCAUAAAGCAAAGGUGCUUUCGGUCGAAUCAAGCAGCAUCUAGCAGACAGCCCAGGACAAUUCCGCUUAGGGGUGAACCCCAUACUGAUCCAGAAUCAUUGAGCCAGCCUAGUCGAGGAGGUCUGGCAUCUGCUGUAAUCCGUUCUAUGCCAUCAUUCCAGUACAAUGAGCACAUCAGAGAUGAGUGCGGUAGGGAAAUCAACGAGUGUGCCAUAUGCUUAUUCCAGUUCCGGGAAGAGGAGUAUCUUAGACGGCUACCUAAUUGUGAACAUGUGUUCCAUGUCUCCUGCAGUGAUACUUGGCUCCAAAUGAAUUCAACCUGCCCAUUAUGCAGAACAAAUGUUUUAUAUGACGUUGAGUAUGUUGCUUCUGUUACAAUGACGACACAGAUGGAACCAGAGAGAUCUCUUGGUUACCACUCUUUAGAUUUAGCUCGAACGUAA